CCCCUCCCAUGAUGCAUUGUUUUCAGGAAGUGGAUGCGUCAAAGUUGAAAGUUCAAAACUUCCAACCCAAAUGCUACAACAACAAACAUCUUCAGGACGUUGAUAUUACGUUUGUUUUGUUAUUUUAUUGUAAGAAAUAAAGAUAAAAUGACAGGAAAUAAGGCGAAAGACCUUUUGCAGAUGGACCUGUAUGGCCUACUGGGUAUAGAAGGCACUGCGACGGCGAAAGAGAUCAAGAAAGCCUACCGACAGAAAGCCUUGACAUGCCAUCCAGACAAGAACCCAGACAACCCUAAAGCAGCUGAUCUCUUCCACCAGCUGUCCCAGGCCCUAGAGGUGCUGACUGAUGCUGCUGCCAGGGCUGCUUACGAUAAGAUCUGCGCUGCCAAGAAACAAGCAGAGGAGAGAAACAACAAGCUAGAUGCUAAGAGGAAGAAGAUCAAGCUAGACUUGGAGGCCAGGGAACGCCAGGCGGAGGCACAUAGUGCAGAGCAGUUCCAAAACACCAGAACACUAGAGGAGGAGAUUGCCCGUCUGCGAGAGGAGGGCUCCAGGCAGCUGCGGGAGGAACAGAGGCUGGUCAAAGAACAGAUCCAGAGGGAGAGAGAAGCACAGCUCCACCACACAGGCACAGCAGACUACACAGCUACAGACGCAGCAGUUGGAAGCCAUUCCAAGAGCAAUGUGACCCCCAAAUUAAAAUUGAAGUGGAAGUGUAAAAAAGAGGAUGACACCAACGGCGGCUACUCUCAAGACUUUAUUUUUAGCCUUCUAUCAAAGUAUGGCAACGUUUUAAAUGUUCUCAUAUCAAGGAAGAAGAGAGGAAGUGCUGUGGUAGAAUUUGAAACCGUAAAAGCAGCUGAAUUGGCAUAUAAGAACGAGAGUGGCCUUACAGCAAACCCACUGAAGAUCUCUUGGCUUGAGGGACGACCUGAAGUCAUCACCCCAGUGGUGUCGCAGGUUCAGCAAACAUCUGGACAGUACUUCCCACCUAAACAGUGUGACCUGCUGCGAUCACAGAGGAGCAGCAGUGCUGAUACCUGCUUCUUUAACCUCCAUCAAUCCAGUCCCAGCAAAGCAGGGAACCCAGGGAUGCACACGCCUGACUUCACACUAUGCGCCACUCUGUUUAAUAAGAGAAUCUGCUUACACUGGUCUGGGACCUGCUGCUGCACCUGGGCCCCCAAGUCCCCACGGGCCCAUGGAGGCCUCUAGUAUCACACACUGUAGCAAAGUUGGAGAGACAUGGAUGGGCCCUGUUGUACUCCCGUGCUGAGUGAUUCUCUAAGUUUGUGAAUCAAAUCAAACCAUUUGUCAUGUGCCGAAUACAAGAGGUGUAGACCUUACCGUGAAAUGCUUACUUACAAGCCCUUAACCAACAGUGCAGAGAAGAGUUAAGAAAAUAUUUACCAAACAAAAGUAUAACAAUAACGAGGCUUUAUACAGGGGGUACCGAGUCAGUGUGCGGGGGUACAGGUUAGUUGAGGUAAUUUGUAUAUGUAGGUAGGGGUGAAGUGACGAUGAAAUAGAUAAUAAUCAGCGAGUAGCUGAACAAAUGGGGGGGGGGGGGUUAAUGUAAAUAAUCCGGUGGCCAUUUGAUUAAUUGUUCAGCAGUCUUCAGGCUUGGGGGUAGAAGCUGUUAAGGAGCCUUUUGGUCCUAGACUUGGCGCUCCGGUACCGCUUGCCAUGCGGUGGCAGAGAAAACAGUCUAUGACUUGGGUGACUGGAGUCUCUGAUAAUUUUAUGGGCUUUCCUCUGACACCGCCUAUUAUAUAGGUCCUGGAUGGCAGGAAGCCUGGCCCCAGUGAUGUACUGGGCCGUACGCACUACUCUCUGUAUCAUCUUAUGGUCAGAUGCCGAGCAGUUGCCAUACCAGGCGGUGAUGCAACCAGUCAGGAUACUCUCGACAGUGCAGCUGUAGAACUUUUUGAUGAUACAGGCCCUCUGUCAGACAUGGGUGUGUUGGGUCAGGCGUUUCACCAGUAGGGACACCAUGCAGAGACAAUACUGUAGGGGUGGUGGUCCAUUCACAACGUUCUUCUAAACAUAAAUAACCAAGCAUGUCCCAGCCAGGCCAUGGUGCAGAGAUUUGCUACCCAUGCUCCAGACUAAACUCCCUUGUAUUUCGAUAGGAUCUAGUUUCACCUCCUGAGUGUGCUAUGUUUUGUAUCACUGCACUGUGCCAUAAUACAUUGUCAUAAUGAGAGGCUGUAAAAUAUGUAUGGUAAAUCAUUCUGUGCUUGUGCUGUUUUUCAAACAGUCGGUCUCUGUUGACGUUUGAUGUCAAGUUUUAUUGAACGUCAGUGUGAUGUACACAGUCAGCUGUGUAUCUGUUCCUGAAAUACUGAGUGGAUUACGUAAUCUGUUAAGAACAGACUAUACUGUCCCUACAUAGAUGGAAUGGUGGUUUGCAUGACAAUGCGAAGUACAUAGUUCAAUUAUGGUGGAUGAGGUGUUCAAGCUGUCCCCCAGAACUCUUCACAUUGCUGCCAGACUACAGGGAUUCACACAGUGUCAAUAUGACUCAUAGUUGUUAAGCCCUUACCUCCCAGAAUCUCUUGAGUUUGGGGUCCACAUCCAACCAUCUGUAUCCUCUCUAUCAGAAGAACCUGUACCAUAAUCAUGUCUUUGGAAGUCAUAAAUCAUUGCAUCCCCAAUUUAAAACAAUCGUUUAGCAUAUUGUCUUUUUAGAGUAUUUAUUCUGAUAAAGAUGUAUCUCAAUACUUGAUACGACUUUGUUUAUUUAAUCUUUGAGGAAACUUAGACUUGGAGCCUGUCAUAACAUGAACCAGAUGUAGCUUGUCAUCUGUUCUGGGAUGUUUUUUCCAUCAUAUCGGACCGGCUAGCUUCCUUCUGCUAAAGAAAGAGCACGCUCACCUAAAAUAGCCCCAGAGUCUGUCUGGGUCCUGGGAUGCUGCGCAUAGUCCUGCUACAGUUGGCAGCUGGCUGCAGCACUGUACUCUUUCUGGAUGGAGAUAACAACUUCUAGUGUUCUGACUUCCUGGAAGAGUCCGUUUAGAGAACAAAAGUACUAAUGUAACAGAUUGGUUAAUUUACAGCUGUUGCCAGCUGUUAUCGGCAUCAAUUCAUUUAACUGGGCUUUAGCUUAGACGGGGAAUAGAGAAAGUGGCGAGAUAACUGGACUACCUUAACACGAGGUCUGGGAGCAAUGGAGACCACUGCAUUUUUCUUCAUGGGACAGUUAGAAGGAGCAAUUCUUCAUGGGACAGUUAGAAGGAGCAAAAGGCCAUGGGAGACUGUUAUUACAUUGCUGACUCAGUGUUUUUCCUCUGUGGACUAAAGUUGAAUUGAAUCUCCUCAGACUUUUGUGCUCCUCUUCGAUCUACUGUAACACAUUGCAUAUGAACUUGAUCAAAUAGCUUGCUAGUUUUAAUCAGCGGAUGUUAAACUUUUGAGAUCUUUUGAUCUCAAAAGAAAAAAACCUCUUCUCAAGGUUUUACGAUGCCCAAGUGUAUCAUGGAUAUCAUGCGAAGCAGUACUAUUGUGAGCUACCUUGGCCCUAAAUGUGUUUUUAAAUGGGGGAGAAAUGUGUGAACCGGUGGCUCUGUAAUGUGUCCUGACACAAUGUAGAGUUCCAUAAACAAUAUCAGUUUCAGAAACGGAAUGUCUCGGUUGGCAAAACAAUAUUUCCACCCCCCAAAAAUGUCAGAUUUAUUUUUAUUUUUUAUAAAAGCCUCUGUCUUUUGUAAGAUGGCUUUUGUGGUAUUCUGUAUGAUGGUGAGUUUGGAAUUUGAGGGAAAAGUGGUACCAGAUAUGAUGCGGUACCUCAGUUUAAAAUGUUUUGCCAGUUGGCACUGUGCCAAGAUAAUUUGUCUUCCAAUUACUCUUCUCACAUCAGCCUUGUGAGUUUGGGCGCUUGUUGAGAAUAAAUUUAUGUGACUUCUCGUGUGGAGGAGCCCAGUGCAGACGAUGGGGUGUCGUACGGUCCAAGGACAGUCUGCGUGUGUGUGUGUGGGUGCUCUGUAGUUCUAUCUCUGAGCUCUGUCUGGGACAGUGGGACAUUAGUCCGGGUAAGUCUGGGUAAGAGGUAAUGUAGAUUUAGUCUCCAGGUUUGAUAAUGAAGUUAUGGAUGCGGAUGAAGCAUACAAGGUGGCCUUUCAUAGGAUUAGGUGAAAGGUGGGAAAGGAAGAGCCAUCUUAUCUGAGGUUUGACAAGAAUAAGAAACCAUAAUGUAUGGUCCUCUUUCCUGUCCUGAGCAAAUUAUAUCAAGACUCGUUAACUUAGAAAGCCAAGAUGUCAAUCUGAUAAGGCCCAGGAAAACUGUCCGUUAUAACGUUCCUUAUGAAUGGAUUACUUGUUCUGCUGGUUCAGGAUAAGUGAGGAAUAAAGGUUGACUUCAUCAAGCCCAACUUCAUCUAUUCAAUAACCUUGCUGUGAUGCAGGUGUGGUCAACACUGUGCAUCAUAACCAUUCAGUACUUCCCUUAAGCUCCAGUUCAUUGUAAUAACAGUAACUUUCAAAGUGAAACCUGUGAAUGAGUAGAUGGUUGAAUUGGCUUGGAAUGUCUGUCUGUCUGUACGUGCCCUUGUGUAAGUAUCUGACAUGGACUACUUUACCUCCAGCUGUCUCAUGUAAUGUCAGGGUGUAAUUUCUCUUCAAACAGUAAGUGUAAAGUGUGACAGACGGGGCUUUAAUAUGGCCUCUAUGGCAUCUCAUGACUAUUAGAAAACCAAACAUACGUCAGUCCAUCAAAGUGUGUAAGCAGUAUUAUACAAGCCAUCUAAAAUGUUGAUGCGAACCACUGAUCUUGGAAUUUGACGAGAGUAAAAGAAGUUUGUGAAACACUCUUUUAGAUCAGUGUGUACACUAUGUGUCAUUAUUCUCAUAAAACGUACAAUAUACUGAAAGCCAUAAUUCGUUUUACUGAAAGAUGCACAAAACAUAUGCAGUACAGAUGUACCCACAAACAUCAGUGACUCCAUUAGAUUGUUAACAUGCUAUUGCUAACGCUGUUUAACUGUUUGUUAGCAGCAGGACACUCAUGGCUAGUGAAGUUCUCUGUAACGCCUCAAGGAUCCCUGGAAUGUAACAGCUUUUAGCUUUGCCCCACCGCUUUCCUUUCCUGACAGCCCCCUGCUGUUGUGCUGGCUGUGACUCUCUUCCAGCUCCCCUUGCAGAUGGGUAAGUGGGCCCAGGACUGGGGGUGGUGGGCGGCGCAUCAGGCCCUGUUUGUUCAGCAGGUAGUGUUUAAACCCUCAUCAGGAGCCUUGCUGGUAAUGGAUGGCUGUGGUCCUCAGCUUUCUUGGCUCCAGCAGCACGUGGAAGGAUCACAUUACCCCUCGCCACCUUCCCCUCUCGCGCCACUCACCAGAGCGAGGGACUCCGAUUAACAUUUAAGAAAACGGCGCUGGGGUUUUGGGGCACGGACCUGUGGCCUGAGUUGCAGCCCACCAACCACUGGCUUUAUUGGAAGCAGAGCUAAGUGUUUGUUUUCAUUGUGUUGUUGGAAAAGAGAGAGGCUGCCUUCGUGCACCUUCAAGUGGGGCCUCUGAGAUGCGUGCGGAAGAGAGAUUGCCCUCCCCACACAACGGAAUGGCAAAGACGCCAAGUCGUCACAGCUUCAGGACCUUGGAAAACUAAGCCCUCGUUCUUUUUUCUUUCUUUAACAUAACAUUCUUAAAUCUAACAAUCCCCUCGAGAGCUCUGUAGGAAGGAACUGGGUUUAAACUAAGGUGAAAUAGCAGCCAACAGAAAAUGCCCACUUUGAACAGCUUGAGAUAAAAAAAGUGCUAAAUUAUUAACUAGACUAUGUAACAUUUUAUCUAAUGCUGCAACGGGUAAUGCUAGAAGAACAUGAACUUUGCCCUUUUAAAGCGUAUGCAGUUUAACCCUUCAGAGGGAAGAAUUCCAACGUUAACUCUUAAACAUCACAAUAGAUAAUAUACACUCAUACUGAUUCUAUUGCUGUUUAAUAGAAACAACAGAUGGAUAUGAUCAAAAAAUGUUCGACAAAUUAGCAUAUAACUCAAACAUGACGUUCUGAAAUGAUAAUCUACUGUAAAUGAGAGAAGGGAUAAGUUGAAACAGAAGUCCACGUACUGCCUCUUAUUGUCCAUGGUUUAGAUCAGUGUUUCCUAACCUUUUUUGGUUACUGUACCCCAAAUCACAUUUUGAUCUGACUGGAGAAUCCACAAAGUACCCCCUCGUGCAUUUUACCAGUAGGCCAAUGGUCUUUUCAGUCUUCCCCACGUACCCCCUGUGGAUAGCCCAAGUACCCCGAGGGGUAUACUGUGCAUUCAAAGUAUUCAGACCCCUUGACU